CAGUUUUCCUGCCUGCACUUAACUUUUUUUCUUCCUCUCUCUGUAUUUAUAGUAAGUGUCCAACAUAAAUAGGUGCGUAUCCACAAAUAAUAUUAUUCUGACAUUCCACAAUUGUACUAGUUUAUCAGAUUUGACACAGACUUGACAUCAGAUUUUAAAUACUGUCGUAUCAUAUUACUUUUUCUUUUAAGUAAAAGCCUAGUGUGGCUUAUACUGAAGCACAAGUAAAUAAUUAUUUGAUACAUUUUUUAAAUAUAAAAAAACAUUUCAUAUAAAUAUUAUUAAUAUUAAAAAAUAUAGUAAAAUAUUAUUAAUAAUGUAAUAUUAUAAGUCAUUUUUCCAAGCCAUUUGUCCGUCCUUCAAAAAACAUUUGUCAUGCAGUUAAAGCGAACAAAGAGCCAUUAGGGAUUUUUGUCAGGGACAAUAUGUUUAUGAUCUACAAUCUCCGUCCCUCCGUGUCCCUCUUUCAUUUUAUAUCCCCUAUUAGCAGUGGAAUAUGUCCGCUCACAUUAACCUAAUUUAUGGUCAGGGCCACUGUAACAGCAGCACAGGUUAAUGAAUUUGGCAUUACUGAGUAACUGUUAUUGAGGGCUGAGGAGGAGCCCAGCAGAUGGGAGAGAUUGUAAAGCUCUCUGCUUUGCAUGACGACGGUUGAAAGAGGGAUAGCAAAGGAAAUGAUGAGAACACAUGAUGAACCCCUCCACCCACCUGCAGAACAAUUGUUUGUGAACCUCUUUUUUUCUGCCUGGACGUUUCUGACUCAUCAGUUCACGAUUUGCAAAUCAUGUACCAAGCCUGACUCAGCUAAAUCUGAAUGAAAUUUUUAUAUGAUUAUCUUUAAUUUGAGAGAAUCAGUUUGCAUUGGAAAACAGUUAUUAGUUAAGCCACCCUGGAAUACAGAUGUUUUGACAAUGGACCUUUUACUAAUAUUUUCCCUGCUUUUUCAACAUACUGCAUUAUGCAAACAUUAUGAAACUGUAUUUCCUUUUUUCCACACACACACACACACGCAUGUCUGGUUUGCUAUCCUUGUGGGGACUCUCCAUAGACGUAAUGCUUUUUCUACUGUACAGACUGUAUAUUCUAUCACCAAGCCUACACCUAAACCUACCCCUUACAGGAAACUUUCUGCAUUUUUAGAUUUUCAAAAAACUUAAUUCUGUGUGAUUUAUUAGCUUGUUUAUCCAUGGGGACCUCAAUUUAGGUCCCACCUAAAUUGUCUGUGUGUAUUCAGGUCUGUGUGUAUUCAGGUUUAAGUCCCCACCUGAAUAGAAAAACAGGUACACACAUACACACACACCCACACAUCAAAAUAUAUAUAACAUGAAUAUUACAUUUGAUUUUUUUUGUAAUAUUUUAUCUCACAAUACAUAUUUAUUUAUUUUAAUCGUUUUUUCUAAAAUAAACUCAAAUGUUUUAAGUGCACGUUUUUAAUAUAUAUACUUUAUAAUUACACAAAUCUUACUUAACCUAGUAUUGUGCACUCACAUCUUCUUAAGUAGACAUACUUGAACAUGAGUUUGCCUCAGAUGUUCCGUUCACAUCGAUACUGUUUUUGGCUCACAAUAAUAUGUUGUGACAUGCCAAACGAUUCAUGAUUGGCCGUUACAUCGUCCAACACAAUGAGUCUUAAGAAAACUGCCUGUGAUGACUCACUGGUCCUUGAGCUUGUCUUCCAGCCAUUUCAUUCUUCCCUCUCUCUCUCUCUCUCUCUCUCUCUCUCUCUUUCCCUCCAUCAGCAUCUUUUAUUCCUCUCUUCUGCUUUCAAGGCACAAGUACUUCCGCUCUCUCUGCCUCGACACAGUUGUGCAUGGCUCACCAACCCUUUCAAUUUAGAUUUCAAUUAUCAUGUUAGUUUUGUGAUUAGAUUGUGUCCUCCAGGAAUCAAACCUCGCUCGCUCUCUCUCUCUCUUCCCCUCUGCAAUCAGAUUGGAUCUGAUGAAUUGCGGCUGUAAUUACGGAAGUUAUUGAAUAUGCAGAUCGCUGAUGACUAGCAGUGUAUCUGUUCAUAGUGCAUUAACUCUAACUGUAUCAAACGAGAGGCUUGUUCAAGACCCACUCAAGUAAUGAGAGAGGGCCAGUGGAUGCCAUUAGCCAGAAAUAAUAGCACGCUUGAAAGGGGCGAACUCAAUUAAGACCUAUGCGGUCCCGUUAUGGUGCCUUUGUUUUAUUCCCUGAGUGUACGCCUGUGUGUGUGUGUGUGUGCUGAAGAUGAAGUUUUACAGCUCGCUUUCUGGCCAGGUCAGCUGAUGAAGCAUUGUGGCCAGCAGUUUUGCUGUAAAUACACAAUGAGGUCUCUGCUGGGAGGUUAUGUAUUGCUCAGCGUGAGGUAUUUUCCCCAGCUGACUCUGACUGGCCUUUUUUAAAGGAACCAUGAUGUAAACCCUGAGCUUGAUAGGUGGUAGUCGGAUGGGGAAGGGUGUCACGGUUAGAGAGAGAGGAAAUUUGUAAAGUAAGUGCUUGAACAUUGUUGAAUCUGUUGCCUGUCUCUAAACCUUGGCCUAUGGGUCCACUACAUAAUCACUCACACACGCAAACACACCUCCUCUCACCCUGUGUAUGUCAAGCUGCUCUCCCAACAGUUUAAUAGCAAGGGUGCUACAGAGCGCUGUGAUCUACACUUGACUCCUGAGCUCAUAAUGUGACAUACCACAUUACACAGAGACUCAGAGACAGACAGAUGCUCACUAACUGGCCAAGAGAUACUCAGUGUUUUAAAAGUGGAAGGCCCAGUGAAGUGGUAGCAUUAAAUUACCUAACCUGUCAGUCACAAACUUUUUUUUGUUUUUUUCCCUUUUUCCCCCUUAAGCUAAGAGCAGUCAGAGCUUGAGCUACUAGUAUGUUGAAGGGGUAGUUCAUGAAAUGACAGUUUAUUAUUUCAUUCCUCUUUGAUUUUUUUCUUCUUCUGUGGAGCACAAAAGUUGUUUUGAAAUAUUUUCACACUGAUCUUUUCCAUACAGUGAUAGUUCAAGUUUAGAGCAGCUUAAAUAGCUUUACAAAUAUAAAUAUACAUAUGUGUGUUUGUGUGUCUCUGGGUCUCAUAUGAAUACUUUCAGUGAAUAACAACUCAAAAAUUGUAUAUUUUCCUCACACCAAUCCAUUGUACACUACAGUUAAAAAAUUAUGGCUUGUAAGAUUGUUUAAAUGUUUUUGAAAGAUGUCUCUUAUGCUCAUCAAGGCUAAUUUAAUAUAUUUUAAAAUGCAAUUUAUUCCAGUCUUUAGUGUCACACGAUCCUUCUAAAAUGCUGAUUUGGUUUCCAAGAAUACCUUUUUUUUUUAUCAUCACUGUUGAAAACAUUUGUGCUGGUUAAUAUUAAGAUUCUUUUAUUAAUAGAAAGUUAAAAAGAACAGCAUUUAUUUGAAAUUGACAUUUUUAGCAAAAGCAUUUUUAGUAAAACAGUGUAACCUUGCUGAAUUAAAGUAUUAAUUUAAAAAAUAAAUAAAUUACCCCAAACUUUUAAACAGUAGUGAAUGUCAUCAGAAGACUUUGAAUAUAGUUUAUAUUACUUUAUGGUACUUUUUGUCCUUUUUGGAGCUUAACAGUCUAUUUUGUGUUUCAUGGAAGAAAGAAACUCGUACAUUACAUGAUGGUGAGUAAAUGAUGACAGAAUAAUCAUUUUACAAUUAAUUGUCCCUUCAGACUCCUGGACUGUCACAGCACUAACAUGUAGAAACAAACGCAUGAUGAACCUCAACCCGAGGGUAGCGGUUGCAUCAAAAAGCAGUUACAGUGUUUUGAAUACAUGUAUGCCUCAAGCAAUACAACAAUAUAGUCAAAUGAGCUAAAACAGUACACACAAUCAUACUAGAAUGAAAGAAUACAGUGUGUGAGCCAUCUAUAUAGUACUAUGAAUAUCACUUAUUUAUCAUCUCACCAGAAAUGGCUCCUAGUGGGAAAGUUUUCUGACACAUACACACACAGAAGUACAAAUACACACACUCUCCGCAUGCUUAAAUUGUAUCUGGCUAAAUGGCCCACUGUUAAAUAUUUACCCUAAAACUGUCUCCAUUUGCUGUGGAGGUGACAUCAGAACAAAACAGAAGGAGCAUCUGCCGGCAUUAUGCUUUCAUAACACCGUAUAAAACGUGUUGUUUGUCGCCUUUAAAAUGCAGCACUUUUAUGAAUAAUGCAGCUCUUGAUUUCAAGAGGAAACACUUAGAAGUUGGAUUCAUAAAAAAUAAAUCCCCAAGUUUUUUUUUUUCCUCUGUGAUCAUAAGAGGAACAGUUAGAAAGUUAAGUGCCGCCAUAGUAAAUGAAACGAGCUCAUUAAACACAAUGCUAGAUUGUUAGCCGCAGUGCUAGUGAGAGGAAAGGCACUCUGUGUCUUUGUAACUGCUGGAUUAUGGGGUCUAUUUAGACUCUAAUUAGUGUUCAUUUCAUGAGUUUCCAGUCUUAAAUGUGUAUUAAUGUAAUGACAGAGGACGUGUUUGUUUUUAGGCGUCUAAGUGGAGAGGCUUAAUACAGGCUAGCUAAAUUAGCACAUCCAUUCUGACAAGUACUCUAAUAACCGCUGCGGAUUAACUUAUGACCCUGUUUGGGAGCACAAAGCUCAUGGCCACUGUUGCUCCAGUGGACCAAACUCGCUGCAGUUGAGGCUCUGUAGAGAGGCUUUAGCGCCUGAACUGCUGGCCGCUGCCGCCUGCUUCCGUGUAUAUUAUUAGGUUAAUAGGAUUUCACUUGUUUACACCAACUGUUAGUUUAACUCGAGGUCAAAGAGGUGGCUUAAACUUGUGUAAUUGGCUUAUUAAGAAGGCUCAAGUAGCAUUGUAGUGAGGGGUUAAAACACACACACAGACACAGCCGGGGUGCCACGCGACGUGUGCAGAGCACGGGCUAGCUGCGUGCUCGCUGUUUUCCAGCUUCUGAUAACGCAUGGAUUGCGAAAGAUGACCUUUGUCGGUGGCUAGCUAUUGUUUGCGGAUUGGUUGCACACUCCGCAGGCUGUGAAAGACACAUCUGCUGCCUCGCACGCAGAAACAGAGAGGGACAAAGGGGAGGAGGGGAGAAGGGGAGGGAAGACCUGUGCCACACGUCCCACACUGCCACAAUACCUAUCCGCUUAUCAAAUAUUUGUCCGGCCUUCGCUACCUAUUUACUUUCCCUCUGUUUGCUUUGCUUAUUCAAGUCUCUCUGUGCCAGAUAAAAUGUUACCAAAGACUAGAUGCGACAGUCUCUUUUUUUUGUCCAGGGUUAUUCACCUCCUCGCUGUCAGAGGGCACAUGGACAUUUUCUUUUGUUUUAUAGUUUGCUUUCAAUUUUCUCUUUCUCUUCCUGACCGAAAAGUGCAUCGUGCACCGCCGCGCUCUCGCUCAUAAAUACGUUAGCGUUCUGAGUUGUUCUUUGCGUCGAUGACAAACAGAAGUGGUGUUAAUUUGCUCACUGCUCACUCACUCUUCCCACAAACCCUUUGCUGAAUGGCCCAGCUCAAAAUGUGUAUUUGUUUAAUAUGUUUUUGAUUGAUUCAGUGAUGAUGAUCCAUACAGUCAGUUUUGAGAACACACACAUGCAUUCAGGAGCACAAAAGGCCUCUUUGUGCUGCUGGCAGGCAGGGUUUGUGAAUUCGGGGAGCAGGGUUGAGAUUACUCGAUUAUUUCAUACAGGGGCCCAGGCGAGUCACAGAGCCCGGUCCCCGCCGCACGGAGCGGGAUGGCUGUGGCGACGGCGAACCACAACAGAGACCGAGCCCGAACCCAGAAGCGAUGGACAGCAGCCAGAGACAGAUACACACCACCCCUGUCACACACUUGCGGUUUUUUAAAAGAAAGCAAUUUAGUUAAUGAUUUCAUUCUGAAAGCCUGUUCAUGAUGCAUGCGUCUGCUCCUGCCAGGAAAAGGAGAGCGAGGCGGAAAGAAGGAAAGAAAGAGAGACGAAGGUGUUAGUCAACAUGACUACACUUAAGUUCUAACUGCUUGCGGCUGCUGUGUGGAUCGUGUUACCGAAUGGAGCAGACCGUUGCAAUGCUACUUACAACUGGCUGAGGAAGCCCGUCACCGACCGGAGAGGAUAUUUUUUUUUAGCGAGACUCCAGUCAGAUAUUUUUCCAGCUUGUUGAGAACAUUUUUAAGACACUACUGUGCUGUUUUAUCUGAAACGGGAGCGUGUGAGUUGGUCAGACACACGGUUUAAUAGCAGACGGGUGAGACAUUUUCUGUAUCAGUCAGCGGCUAAUCCAGUAAUGUGCCUGCUUUCUGGCCUGGGUACAAAUCUACUGCACAUUUUUCUGUUCAACCAUGCUUGUCAGCUCCUGGUUUUAUUAGGCCGUGGUUCAGCGUGUUUCGUAUUCACUUUACCGCUUUUCCCUGUGCCGCUCCAUCUUAGCAUUGCUAAAACAUCAACCCUUCAUGUACUCUCUGACUCAGAUUUUCGUGGCAAUUACACAGAUCGAUGGACGGACUCUCCCUCUCACCCUCUCUCCCUCUCUGUUCUCUCUCUCUCUCUCUUUCUUUUUUUUGUAUCAACUGUCAGUCAUGUGGGGAACUUCUAACCACCUCCUGACAGACAUGAGUGCCAGCCGUUCGUUUAGCAGGGGUUUUUAUUCAGCCGCCUUCGUCCGACCUGUCACCACGGCCACACACGGUUGCCCAUGCUUUCCAUUGAACAGGGGGCGAAUGAAUUAGUUUCAGAGGUUUAAAUCGGCAAUCAAUGUCACUUGGCCCAACAUAAUAAGGCUUAAUCGUAGAUCUUCGAGAUGUGUCCUGGCUGACCCUUGCGAUUCGUCAGGCAUCUUUACAUGGCCUCAUCUGGGUGGAGCGAACGUACUGCCCCUGUUUUGAUUUUCCAAAUGAUGUGUCACAUGAAUUGUGGCCUUUUUGGCAUCCACUCCCGGUACUCCCUGAUCCCGUCUUCCCUGUCCUUCUUUGCAUGUGUAAUGACAGUGAAAAAUAAUACAUUGCAUAAUCAAAAAAGAAGAGAGGACACUGGAGAGAGAACACUGUAAGGAGGACAGAGAAAGCAUAAAAAGCGCAGUUUAGGUUACAAAAUAAAAAAAAUAAAAAAAUAAAACUUUGAGAAGAAUUAGGGAUGGGACUAGCGAACUGAGCCAUUGUCCACCCCAAAAAAAAAAAAAAACAGCAUCCAGAAUAGUACAGCGUUGAAGGUAUUUCCUCGAUUUUCUUCCUCCACAGAAAUCCUAUUUAUGAGAUGAGAAUGAAAGGGAACAAAACAGCUUUUCUUUUCAUUAGACGCUGCAAAUUUUCCAAUUUGGUUGACUAGCGACUGGUGCAAAAAAAAAAAAAAAAGCUUCCUAUUUUUGGAAAAGAAAGGAAUUAGGGGGACAGUGGCUGGAGAAAGCAGGGCACUGUGCGCCGGCAUUCCAGAUGUCCAAACGGCAGUUGUACCAGCCCAAGUUUUUCUGGGCACCGGGUGCCAAUGAUGACCUCAUGAGCUCCAGGCUCAAGACUGUAGGCAUACAGUUCUCGUUGACACUGGCUUGAAUAGCCCUCAGCCUUUCAUGCGUCCAUUCAUUCUCUCCAGUCCUCUGGCGGCAAAAUUACUCCCUCAUAAUUAGCCAUUGUCCCCGUUUUUUGGCUAGUCUGAAAAAAAGUUUUUUUGGCUAGUCACUUUUGUGCCCCCCCCACCCCACAACCCCCAUUUUAACCUUUUUUGCCUGUCUAUCACCCUCCAUCUUGUCUAAUAUGUUUAUUGUGAAAUUGAGCAAUAUACAGCCCCCUUCCUCUGUCUGUCUUUAGCAUUCUCACUUCAUUCUGUCUCUCUCUGUCUUCUGUCCUCGUCACAGUGGACUGUGGGAGAUUUUACACUCGAUUUGUUGACUCCUUUGCUAUAAAGUCGACCGCUCUGAAGAAAAGUAUCUUUAUAAAUGACAGAGAGGACCUGUCCCUGAAUGGUGCUUUGUUUACUGUUUUUCCAAAAAGGGGCCCCCACUAUAUUUCAUCUGUCAGAGUUGCUUUUCUUUCCCCCAACAAUGCUUGAUUGUUUCCACACAAAAAAAAAAAGCGAGAGGGACAGAGAGAGUAAGGGAGAGAGAAAAGAGAGAGAGAGAGAGAGAGAGAAAGAAACACAAAGUACGAAAAAAAGAAUCCAGGUUUCACAGACAGGAGAAUUCUGUAUUAUAUUUUCCUGCCAAAUUCCGAUCUCUGUUUUCCUUCCCCUGCACUCACAAAGGGCUCAUAACUUACUGUCAACAGUGAGGGAAACCACAAAGCUCCACUGUUGCUCAGCAAAUAGGCUGUGUUGCUUGAUGGCUUCACUGGCUGUAAAGUUUGCUUAACUGCAGCACUGACACCAGGCACUUUGGGAACUGCCGCCCCGUAAGGCCCCGAGCGAGGGACGGAGAGAGACGGCGAGCUGCUUUUCUUGUGUCUCGGAAUCAUCUCCGGACGUACGGGGACUGAAAGAGACACGCGUGCGAGGGAGACGCUGUGUGUGUGUGUGUGAGCGGAGGAGCUUAACAGCUGCUCUGCCGGUUGCUCCGUUCCUGUGUGUGAGUGUACUUCGUUCAGCGUGGUGUUGGAUGUGUUCUGACAAGACGUGCCGUGGCUGGGACGAACGGCCUGUCUGUGCUCGAGUGUUUUUGUGUGUGUUUGUGUAUAUCAGAAUUUGAGGAAGUGUUAUGCCAUCCAGCUCUGAAGUGGUGUGUGAAGAACAGAGAAGGACAGGAGCAGCCAAACAGGCUGAGGGGGACAGUAUCAGAAUCAUGUCUUCCAAGCAAGCCACCUCUCCGUUCGCCUCGACCCCUGACGGAGGCGAGGAUGGAGUGAAUCAGGAGCGCAUGUCCUGGGAGAAAGAGGAGAACUCAGAGUCACUAGUUGUCCCUCAGCUGCCCCUGCACAAUCUGCUCCACAACAAACCUCCCCCGGAGGAGCUCCAGCCAAUCAGCAGCAGCGUGCCGCCCGAAUCCGACUGGGACAGCCUGAUGUCAGCCCAGCAGCGCAUGGAAUCGGACAGCAAUAAAGUAUGUUCCUUAUACUCCUUCCGGAAUAACUCUACCUCUCCACACAAGCCAGAGGAGGGGGCCAGGGAGCGCGGCGACCUGCUGAGCAGUUCAGCCUUCGGAACGCCAGAGCGCCGCAAAGGAAGCCUGGCCGAUGUGGUGGACACACUGAAACAGAAGAAACUAGAGGAGAUGACAAAGACAGAGCAAGACGAAUCCUCCUGCAUGGAGAAACUCCUUUCUAAAGACUGGAAAGAGAAGAUGGAGCGGCUCAACACAGGCGAGCUGUUAGGAGAAAUUAAAGGUACUCCAGAAAGUCUCGCAGAGAAGGAGCGACAGCUCUCCACCAUGAUCACACAGCUCAUCAGCCUGCGAGAGCAGCUCCUGGCCGCCCAUGAUGAGCAGAAGAAACUGGCCGCCUCACAGAUGGAGAAACAACGUCAACAAAUGGAGCUGGCACGCCAACAGCAAGAGCAGAUUGCCAGACAACAGCAGCAACUUCUGCAGCAACAGCACAAAAUCAAUCUCCUCCAGCAGCAGAUCCAGCAGGUCCAGGGUCACAUGCCUCCGCUCAUGAUCCCCAUUUUUCCACACGACCAGCGCACUCUGGCAGCAGCCGCGGCAGCCCAGCAGGGCUUCCUCUUCCCCCCAGGCAUGUCCUAUAAGCCAGGUGAUAACUACCCGGUGCAGUUCAUUCCAUCCACAAUGGCAGCUGCUGCCGCGUCAGGACUCAACCCUCUCCAGCUCCAGCAACUCUACGCCGCCCAGCUGGCCAGCAUGCAGGUCUCUCCAGGAGCCAAGAUGCCUCCGCUGCCCCAGCCCCCCAAUUCUACUGGGCCGAUCUCCCCGUCUGGCUUGAAGAAUGAAAAGAGGGCCUCAACCCCCCUGGCUCAAGUCAAGGAGGAGGGAACGCAGCCUCUCAACCUCUCUGCCCGGCCCAAGACAGCUGAGCCCGUCAAAUCCCCCACAUCCCCGACACAGAUCCUCUUCCCAGGCAACAAGAGCAGCCCGAACAGCCUGUCCAAGAGCGGAGGCAUCCCCAGCCCCAUCGGAGGAAUGGGCCGUGGCUCGUCUCUGGACAUUCUGUCCAGCCUGAACUCAACAGCGCUGUUUGGAGAUCAGGAUGCAGUAAUGAAGGCCAUCCAGGAAGCAAGGAAGAUGAGGGAGCAGAUUCAGAGGGAGCAGCUUCAGCAUCAUCAGCAGGGAAUGGAGGCCAAGCUGUCCGCCCUCACCAGCAUGGGACUGAACAACUGCAGGGCGGAUAAGGAGAGGUCUCAUUAUGAUAACCUUGGCCAUCACCUGGGCAAACUAGGUGAGGAUGGGAAGAUUGGUCACAGAGUCAUCGACCUCACCAGGCCAGAGGAUUUUGAGGGGUGUAAGGAACUGAAUGGCUCUGCAGAUAAACCACAUCAGUAUUAUUGUUGGCCAACAGGAGGCGCCAGCACUACCGAGGCACGGGUCUACAGGGAACCCCGGGGAAGGAACAGCAACGAACCUCACAUCAAACGGCCCAUGAACGCCUUCAUGGUCUGGGCCAAAGAUGAGCGCCGCAAAAUCCUUCAGGCCUUCCCAGACAUGCACAACUCCAACAUCAGCAAAAUCUUGGGAUCUCGCUGGAAGUCCAUGACGAACCAGGAGAAACAACCGUAUUAUGAGGAGCAGGCACGGCUCAGCAAGAUCCACCUGGAGAAGUAUCCCAACUACAAGUACAAGCCCCGGCCCAAGCGCACCUGCAUCAUCGACGGCAAGAAGCUGCGCAUAGGCGAGUACAAGCAGAUGAUGAGGUCGAGGAGGCAGGAGAUGAGGCAGUUCUUCACUGUGGGGCAGCAGCCACAGACGCAGAUCCCCAUCACCACCAGCGCAGGUGUCGUCUACCCUGGUGCCAUAACAAUGGCGACCACUACGCCCUCCCCUCACAUGACGUCAGACUGCUCCAGUGCCUCGGCCAGCCCCGAGCCCACCAUCCCUGUCAUCCAGAGCACCUUCAACAUGAAGAUGGAACCGGGCACCUUGGUGUCUAGCGACCCCGUGAACGGAGAAGACGAGAUGGACAUGUAUGAGGACUUUGAGGACGAGCCCAAAUCGGACUACAGUAGUGAGAAUGACACACAGGAGCCGGUCAGUGCCAACUGAGGCGAAAACAGCCAGCGAAGAAUAUCCUUUUAUUAGAGGGAAGACUGAAGAAGAUGAAAAAGAGAACAAAAAAAAAACAAAAAAAAAACAAAAAAACUUGUUUCUGAUGAAAUACGUUUUGGGAGCCAGCAUGCAGAUGUGGCUCCUGCAGAUUUAACAGCUAUUGGUCUUAAGUGUUUCUCCGAGUGUGAAACAAUUUGAUUGUGUUUUAUUUUGGCUUUUUUUUUAUUGUUAUUUUAUUGAAUUUUUUUUGAUCAUGGACAAUUUAGGGUAUUUCCUACGACAUUUUUAAAUAAUAGGACUUGACGAUUGAAACAUUUCAUAUGAAUGCAUAACUCACAGUCUUACUUAAAUUCAUAUGGAUUUACACAUGUAUUGUUUUUUUCUUUUGAAGCGUACAUUACUGUUUUCGAUGGGGUUCUAUAUCUCACUCAGGUAUGCUGUACCAGCCAACAGCUUGUGAAUGUUUUUAAUCAGAACUAUUUAAAAUGAAAAAGACGACACUUCAUUUGACAUUUCAUAAUACGAUAAAACUGAAGAAGUCCAUAUAUUUGAACCAUAGAGGGAAAGCCUAAAACUCCCCCAUUAUUAUUGUUGUUCUCGUUAUUAUUAUUAUUAUUAUUAUUACUACUACUACUACAAGUCCAGAUGUGCCAAACAUAUCAUAAGCUUCCUGCUCUUAAAUCUUAAAUUUGAAAGUCUUAAGGAAGAGACUGCAUGAGUCUUAGACAAUCCUUGCAAUCGUAUCUACAAAGCCCACUUUUAUUUCUCCUCUCCAUUGACAACCACGUCCAAAUGCUCAGGAACUAAGAAUGUCAUAGUUCUCCAGGAGGUUCAAUGCAGUGAUCGCCCCGACCACCGUCCUCGUCUAGUUCAGUCUUACCCGCUCGGUUCUUAAUCACAGUGAUUGUAAUCAGGCCAGAAUGCCAAGGGGCCAAAUGGCAUCCAAUCUGCAAAAUUGGACAGGCAGCGAAAGGCAGCUUUGGUGUAUUACAAUCACAAAUUGCUGUUGUACAAUAUGUACACGCCAUUCUGCUAAAGUCUUUAGCCCUGUUUUCCAGGGCAGCAAGUUCAAAGUCUUUUUUAUUUACGCUUAAGUCUUGUAGACAUUGUAAUCUUAACUGAUGGAAAUAGUCUUAAAGCAGAGCGUACGCCCUUUGGGCUUCUGCAGUGUGUUCAUCGUUAAGUCUUAAGAGAACAUCCAGUUUAUCAGGAUGUUUUGGCCAGUUAUGCAGAGAGUUCAGGAGAAAUUUACCUAAACGAAUAAUGGCACUUAUUUUCUAAAAUUUGAGAUACUUUGUAUUUUCGUUUAAAUAUAUGUUCUGAAACAAAUACAUUUGAAAAUGCACAAAGACAAAUCUGCCAUUUUUUCUUUUUUUGGCAAAUUGAAAUCAGUUUUUUGAGCACUUAAAAAAACCCCCCAAAAAAAACAAUUCAAAUAGGCAGUCCUGCGCCUCUACUAAAUUAUCCGCUCGUUCCGGCAGCAGAACAGAUCUCAGGUUGUUUCCGUGCGGAAGGACAGCCAAGAAGCAGCCAGCGGUCAGGGCCUCUUGUUUUAGGCUUUGGCCCUACCGAAGGCUCCUACAGGGUUCGAGUGCCAUUCACCUCCACUCGCCUGACCUCUGCCCAGCGCACACCCUGCCUCAAGGGGCUGCCAUCUGGCUCCCGUCAUCGGCCCGCGCCCAGGAGAAAGGUAGCGAACAAUGGAGACGAGGCCCAUGUGGUUUAUUGUGCCCUCUCUCCAUCAAAGCGCUCGCGAAAGGCCGCGGCCAGAAGCAGCCAUGAGGUGCUAGCGAGCAGAUGGAACAAGUAGAUCAAGCUGUGGGGGAUUAUUAAAAUGACUGACGAGUCGGUAUCAUCUGAAAUACGGCAUUAUUAAUGCAUGAGUCCCGCUAUUUUGCCUUUGCCCUUGAACCUGUCUGUUUCAUCAGUAACCCAGAGAUUAGAAUAGACAGGAAAUGUCACAGCGAGGCUGCUGGUCACUGCAUUACCUCCAAAGGUCUAAAAGGUACCGAUGGCUAUUUAGCGCUUACUUCUCCCAGCAGUUGAAGCAUUGACUUUUCUCCUCAGCACCCCUCUUUGAAAAGCAUUUACUUUUAAUUCAUAGAAGUUUUGAGCACUUCUUUAGAAGCUUGUAUUCGUACCUUUUAUUUUGUUGGUUUUGUUUAAGUUUGUUGUGAUUUUUACAAGGUACAGUACUUGGCUGGGUGUCCCUUGACAUCCGCGUUCAUUUUUUUUUUUUUUCUUCCCUGCUUACAAGCCAACGUUUAUUGUUUAAAGCUGUUAUAUCUGUUUGCUGGUGGAUUGGUUGAUUUGUACGUGAUUUGUACAUAUUUCCUUGACCAUGCCAAGCCAAUUCUGUAGGCUGGUAGCAGACAAAAGGACUGUUGUUGGGACUGAAACUUGAUUGCGCUUGUAUAGAUUAAAAAAGGAAAAAAACGAAAAAAGAGACAAUUUCAAUCUCACACGGAGACAAUGAUUCAAAAGUGUUACAAGCACUGGAUAUAAAUGGUAUUUUUAUCAAUUCUGACUAAUGUGAAGCCGUUGUGCGAGGAAAAAAAAAGAAAAAACCUACAUGAACAAGUCACCUGUUUGGACUCAUGUGAGUGCGCCUCACAGUUGCCAGAUUUGAGUCAUUUUUCUCUUGACAUAUUUUGUUUAUUUAUGCAAAGACACGUGAUGAAUGAACACUUUGUUUAAGCUCCAGUGCUGCCUAGGGGAGAAAGAGCAGUAAACUCGACGGAGAGGCUCGCGUAGUGACUGGCCAACUGAGACACACCGGACUUCAGUAGCACAUUUUAAUGGUCAUGUAUGUUUGUGUUGUAUAUUGUAUUUGAAGCUCUCUAGUGCAUAUAGACAUUUUAUUGUAUUUAUUAGCCAUUAUUGGCUCUAAAAGUGUCAGUAGAACAGAAUUAAAGGACAAUCAGAGAACAAGAAUAAAACAGUGAAAUUUCAAAAUGGAUUGGAGCUCAAAACAAAGUUUCUUUUUUUUUUUUUUUUUUUUAAAUCUCCAUCUCAUUAGAUUUUUUUUUUUUUCCUUUUCAUUGUAAAUAUAACAUAGGAAAAUAGAAUUCUAUUUUUGUUCAUGGAUACUUGCUGAAGUAUAAAUUAUGUAUUUUACUUUUUUUUCUUCUUUUUAGUGUGUGUGUAUGUUUUUGGUUGUUGUACUUAGGAAAAAAGAACGAAAUCACAAACUGACAAUUCACUGUACCUCAUGUAGUUGCUGAAUUCACAUCCCUGUUGAUUGAGUAGUAUUGGAGACACAGCUGAGACACCCAGGCAUCUCACUUCCAUGUGUUUAAGUGAUGAACCUCGCACUCCAUGCUGAGUUAACCAGCCAUUUGCUAUGUUGUUGGUGCACUCUGUAGCAAAGGACAAAUCUUGAAAUCCAUGUACGUAUUUUUUAUUUUAUUUUACAAAUUGUUUUCUAAAUGUUGAGGUACUUGCUGAAGUUCUUUAACAAUUGGUUUUGUGCCAAAUUUGAAUGAGAGAAAAUGUAAUUGUGGGGCAUCAGUUGUGGCGUGUCGUACAGUACAGCUUCAUCUGAAAACGUGAGUUUUUCGCUGAGCAUUUAAUCCAUUGGGGAUGUGCAAAUAUUUAUGAGUUUGUUUGUUUUUGUUUUAAUGCUGCACAAUGCAGACCCACUCUGUGCAUUUGAGGUUUUCAUACAGUAUUUUUCUCUGUGUUGCUUCAUAGUGUUUAAUAGACCAUUUCCCAUCCAGUCAACAGCCAGUCUAAAUGACAUUUCUUUUUUAACUAUCACUGCCAUGUUAAUGCAAAGUAGGUACAAUAACUGAGGACAAAGCUUGGGUGUUUCUACUUAUCUUACUGUAAUGCUUUUUUUUUUUUUUGGUAUGGACUUUUGUGAUGUAUAUUGUGGGAUAGUUUUUGUUAAUUUAAUCAGCACAAUUCACUGACAUGCUGGACUGACAUGCUAGCUGCUGUUCAGAAGAGUAAAAUGUUGCUGUCAGGGACAACGUAUGCUGUUGUCAAUGGUACUUUGCUUUUAGAUUUCUGUAGUCUCUCAAGCAACACUGUGUGUGGCUCCUCUGUCGCUAGGUACACUCUUGUUUCGAAUCCCGCUAGCAGCCUGAUAACACUUUUCUUUCAUUUUGUCUUUGUGUGUGUGUGUGUGUGUGCGUGAGUGUGUAUGUAGAGACCGGUUUCUCAGCAGGUACAUAGACCCAUGGCAGGUAUUAUUGUUUGGGCGUUAGAGAUAUAGAAUAGUAUCUGUUGCUGCUUUUGGAGAAAAAAAAAAAAAAAGUUUUAAGUCUAAAAAUGUAAAUAGUUUAUCAUAAUAUCUUGUACAGUCCAGUGUAAAGUUUUUAAUUGAACUUAAAAAGGUUGCCAUCACAUUUGUGUUCACAUUCUUCUUUAUACAGUACAAAAGACAGCUAUUUGCUAAGGAUAUUAUUGUUUUAAAAAAAAAAAGAAAAAAAGGUACUAAAAAUAUUUUUUGCUUGGCUUUAGUAUGUAAACCAGCAAGUCAUUGGUUUCCAUGUGCAGUAUUGACGUGAGGUAAACUAAUUAAUGCUACAGUUGUAUGUCCAGAGACCAGUCUUCUCUGUAAUGGUAGUAUUAUUAUAUCAAAUAAAAUAAACCAGAUGAGUGACACAUUUUGGUGUAUAUAGACACCUUAGUGGAUUGUACAAAUAUCUAGGUUGUUCUCCCCACAAGCAGCAUUUGGCAUAUUGUAAUGUAACACCAUUUUUACAGUAUAUUCUCAAUUCACUGAUGUACGACGGCAGAUGAGGGUGUUCCUGUCUGUUUGCUUAUUUACCUCAAGAGUUCCUCUUUUUCCAUAAAAGAUAGAGUACACACACAUAUGACAAAAUCGUCUCACCAUCACUCCAUCUUUUGUACUGCUGUUGACACUUACAAAUUAAAGAGACAUUUUGUUUUAUUUGUUGUGUGUUGUAUUUUUUUUAAAUAGUGUUUGGUUGUCGGUAUAUUAUU